AUGGGAGACAACAAUCCAAUUACACCAUCGAUCCAUUGUCCAAUGCUAACGUUAACGAAUUACACGAUUUGGGCGUUGAGGAUGAAGGUGUUGCUUCGAGUCAGCGAAGUAUGGGAAACAAUAGAACCCGGUUCCGAUGAUGUUAAGAAGAACGAUGAGGCAACCGCUCUAUUGUUUCAAUCGAUUCCUGAGACGUUGAUUUUGCAGAUCGGAGUGCAAAACUCAGCGAAGAACUUGUGGGAUGCCGCGAAGUCUCGUCACCAAGGAGCAGACCGUGUGAAAGAAGCAAGACUUCAGACCCUAAAGGCAGAACUCGAUCUGUUAAAGAUGGGAGAUGCUGAAUUGGUAGAUGAGUUUAUAGGGAAGAUAUCAGGUCUUGCUGCUCAAUCAGCUUCUUUAGGAGAAACACUUGAUGAAACAAGACUUUUGAAGAAGUUUUUGUCCGCACUUCCUGAAAAAUUUAUUCACAUCGUAGCUACACUUGAGCAAGUCCUUGAUUUAAAUACAACAAGCUUUGAAGAUAUUGUUGGAAGGAUCAAAGCUUAUGAAGAUCGUGUUGGGAAGCAAACCCAAAGUGACGACCAAGGAAAACUAAUGUUUUCUAACACCAAUAACCGUGGAGGGUAUGGUGGGAACCGAGGAGCUAAAGGUAGAGGCGAUGCCGGAAAAGGAAGCUCCGGUAGAAGUAGAGAAAGACGAAGAUCUAAUGGUCAAAACCAAGGAGGAGAGAACUCAUAG